AUGUCAACAUCCCGGUCUGGGCGUCCUUGUCCAAACUCGAGGGUGACAAAGUUGAUGCCAUAUUGCAAACAGUGUAUGAAGAAUGGUGAUCCAUCCUUGCGUGCUGUCAAGCAUCCACGCUUUGGAAAGAUCCUCAUUGCCACUCGCGAUUUGCCCAAAGGCUAUUAUGCAGCAUGGUGGGGCAAGCUCUGCCAAAAGAAAAAGAUACCUUACAAGCGCAUGGAGUGGGCUCUAGAAACCAGCAAGGGCAUGGUGGAUGCUGUGCCCUACAAAGGGUCCCUGCUCAAGUACUGUGCUUGCCCAGGUGUGAAAGUGUUGAGUUUGCGGUUUCAGUGCUAG